ACUUUAGAAGCAACAUGGGGUGCCGAUCCGCUUGAGUAUCUUGGUGGUUUUCGCUCUCUAAAGUAUGAUAAGGAUACGAACUUUCCUAGCUCUCUGGCUCCCAAUGCAACUGUCUCCUGGUCCACCCUUGCUGCCCAACAGCUAUCUUGCGAUUCUCACUCCGCUCAGGUCGGUCUGUCUGUAGCGUUUCCUGACAUCGAUCUGGCCUUUCUUCAACGCAUCUACGGUUGGGCCGCUCUACAAUACCAAGGCUGGGCUCGAGGCCAUCUUCGUGUCAAUGGCGAAGAGCCGCAGACCUUGACCCUUGCAACAGACAAUCUCCUUGAGUUCUACCUCGAUGGACAGCAUCAUUUUGGUGGAGAUUACUAUGCUUUCCGACGAGCUCCAGUUGUCUUGCAUCUUGAGCCAGGAGAUCAUGUCAUCGACAUUCGACUUGUUCGCGAUGUAAGAGCGAUGGGCGGCAUAGGUUUACCGAUAAUUGAUGUGCAACUUGAAGCGCGAUCCUCGACCAAAGAUCUUCAUCUUUCUACGGACAACGCUCUCAUGCCUGACAUGGUUGGUGGACGCUUGGCAAGCAUGCUUGGUUCCAUCCAGGUUCGCAACGACCAUGUACACGACAUCGAGAUCUUCGCAGUCUCUGCCAAUGAUAGUUCUUACUUUGUGUGGUUGUUGCAACCUGAUGAUUUCUGGAUUGUUGCUGGACAGACCAGACCUGUUUCUCUGGCCAUAUCAUGCCAGGAAAAGUGCAGUCCGUAUCUAGGCUUCGAUGUAGAGUAUGGAGUUGUUGGUCAAGACCGCUCUCAGGCCUCUGUGCUGCAUCUGGAUCAUCAUUUUACUCAGCGAGAGCUGCAUGAGCCAUUAAAGGUGACAUUCUAUCAUCCAGGUGGAAUGGUAUCUUAUGCUAUUCUGAGGCCUCCACCAUCAAAUCUCUCCUGUCCUCUGGACUCGGAGGGGCUGUUGCCAGUGUUUUUGCAAUUACAUGGCGCUGGCGUAGAGGCUGAUAACGACAUUGUAAGGCAUGCUCUAGAUUCACUGACUGACAUCUGUGCAUGGGCUGUAUUCCCUACAGGCUCAACGCCCUGGAGUGGCGACGACUGGCAUGUUUGGGGUUUUGCAGACGUAGAAGCUGCCGUCGAAGCCAUACCUGGAUGGGUAGAAAGCAUUGGAUGGAAUGGCCCAGGUGCAAACACGAAGCGUUGGCUUGUCGCUGGCCAUUCCAAUGGAGGGCAAGGGACGUGGUAUGCUUUGACUCAUCGCCCCGACAACGUCUUCGCAGCCGCUCCGAUAUCUGGAUAUUCGUCCAUCCAAAACUACGUACCUUAUGACUUGUGGCAACCACUUCCCCCUCCUGUUCGCGCCCUCUUGGAGGCGUCUUUGAGCAGCUAUCGCCAUGAGCUUUUGCUAGAUAAUCUCAAAGGGAUCAGUAUCCUACAACAACAUGGCAGCGUCGACGACAACGUUCCGGCUUUCCAUUCGCGAUUGAUGAACCAACUCAUAAAACAGCAAGGGGCGAAUGCGUCUUACAUCGAGCUUCCAGGAAAGAACCAUUGGUUCGAUGGCAUCAUGACAACCAGAUAUCUGAGCGACUUCUUCAAGCAGAAUCUCAACGACCUCGCACGACCCUUACGUGCCCCUGAGGCUUUCACUCUGGUAGUCGCAAAUCCAGCAGACUCAGGUCCUAAGUUCGGAGUUGAGAUUCUUUAUCUGCGUCGCCCAGGCCAGCUUGGAAAGGUCCAUGUCUCCUUUUCCUCAUCGGACUGCAUUCUCAGGAGUUCCAAUGUUCUGAGCUUGCGCUUGCCCGACAUCUAUCCACGAACGCAUGGCAUUGUUGUUGAUGGUCAAAGGAUAGAUCUUCCCCUCCAGGCCAGAAACAAUGACUUGUGGCUGUAUCCGGAUGGUACUUGGAAGGUUCUUUCUGAGCAUCAAUCACCGGCAUUGCGAGACAGGAACCAGCUAGGCGGUAUGGAUGCUAUAUUCCGCACUCAAAACACUUUGCAAAUCAUCAGCCACUCUCAAAAGGCACGUCAUACUGCCGUUCAGAUAUCUCGCAAUUUCUGUCAAUACCUCGGUGCCGAUACCGAAAUUCUGGAACCUGGGAUGGGACGUCCAAGGCAGUAUAGCAACAUCGUUCAUGUCGUUUUGUCGAGGGAUCUGCCUGCCAGUCACCUCACAGGUUUCGCCCUUCAAGUGGACUCUCCCAACGGCAUAAGCAUUCGCACAACAGCCGGCCAAAUGACGUACCCCAGCUCAGCAGGACUCGGCGCCAUAUUCUUGAGGCCGCUGCCAGCAGGAGCGGUGGAGUUGGUAGUAUGGGGUUAUGAUGCAGACGGGUUGGACGUAGCAUCACGCCUUGUACCCAUGCUCCCAGGAGUUGGACAGCCAGACUUUGUUGUAGUAGAUGGGCGGAUGCUUCAGGAAGGUGCGGGCGGUGUUCUGGCAAUGGGAUCCUUUGAUCAUCUAUGGAAUGUCACAGAGAACUCGUACUUUACUUGA